GUUCGGUUGGACCUAGUUUGAUCAGAGUCGACAUCACAGUCGGCUACUAGAUAACUGUCUAGCUAGAGAGCAAGUUUUAGAGAAAUGAACUUAUCAAAAAUCGAUCAAAACCAAAAAAAUUGGUGCAGAUUGAAUUGACAUGCUAUUGGCUCAUAGCUUAAUUGCGCUACAAUGAAUCAGGAGAAAACAAUUACAAAUCAUGAGAAUCGAUCAUGUGAGAGGAGAAGUCUUCCUCGAUCUUCUCCAAAUCGAAGCAUAGCGCUCCUUGCGAGACACUAGAGAAAUAAAUCGCGAGAGAGGAGAGGGGGAACACAAAAAAAAAAACGAGGAUUAAGAUGGUUAACUAAUAUGAAGAAGGUGUCGAUUAUUCGCUCGAAAUUAUUCCGAUCACAUUUUGAUCGAACCGACCGAAUACCCACCACCUCGAAAGAAGAGAGGUAGUUGAGAUAAAAUCCAAAAACCCAAAAAGAGGAAGGCAGUUAAAGAAGGAAGAAUUCCUUCCCAAUUCCCCACUUUCCUUUUCCGGCGUCUUCAAUUCCCGUCUCCGUAAUCGCCAUUUCCAUUCUCGUCUUCUUCCUCCCAUCCAGGCUCCAACCUACCAGCUCUCUGUUUCUUCUCAUUACCAUGCGGUAGCAUUGUAAUUUGUUCUUCUUCAAUUUUAUUGUGCACUGUCAACAAACAAGUGCAAAAGUGUUGAGACCGUUCCUGCAGCCAGCUCGCUCCCGAUGCCUUCCCUCCCCGAUUCCCCAACUUCGCCUCCGUCCCCGCCUCCGGUCUCCUCAGCCAACGACAACUCCGACGCCGAGCGCCGCCUUCGCGAGGCGGAGGAGCGCCUCCGGGAGGCCAUCCAGGAGUUGCAGCGCCGUCAGCGGAAAGCCGCUCGUGGGCUCGCCAAUUACCCUCCCUGUGAUCAUCCUCCCGAUGAAUCCUGCGUCGCCCAUGCCAUCGGCAACCUCUGCCAGAGCUUUCUCCUCUCCUACGGCGUCCGCGUCGGAAUCGGCAUCUUGCUCCGCGCUUUCAAGCUCGCCAAGGGACAGUCCUACUCGUCCUUGCUCGAUCUCAAGCAACUAGUUUCAGAGAAGGAUCUUAUCGUAAGAGAAGAGGCAUGCCGAGUAGGUUUGCUCUUUGGUGGAUUCACGGGCUCUUAUCAUGCACUUAGGUGCUUGUUGAGGAAGUGCAGAAAGAAGGAGACCCCUUGGAACGCAAUUUUAGCAGGUUCGGUUGCUGGUUUGUCGGUUUUAGCGUUAGAUGAUCCCAACAGGAGGCGUACGCUUGCUCUAUAUCUUUUGGCUCGAUUAGCUCAGUGUGCUUAUAAUUCUGCUAAAUCCAAGAACAAGUUUCACCUUUGGGGUAGCCAUUGGAGACAUGGAGACACAUUGCUCUUUUCUUUGGCGUGUGCCCAGGUUAUGUAUUCCUUUGUAAUGCGGCCCGAGAGCUUGCCAAAAGCAUAUCACGACUUUAUUCAGAAGACAGGGCCAGUUGCACAGCCAGUCUACAAGGCUGUCAGAGAAACUUGUAGAGGUGGUCCUGUGGACAUUGCUGCAUUAUCCGCUUAUUUAUCUACUAAGGGAAAGCUAAACCCUCUGAAGUUGGGAGAAGCCCCUGCCAUCAUCCCUUGCUCUAUUAUUCAUCCGGGUACAGAUUCGUGUUUAAUUCAACACGGGAAUGCAGCAUCAGCUACAUUCAGGAAAACAUUUCCCCUCUACUUCUCACUGACUUUUGUACCAUACGUUGUGCUGCACUUGCAAAAGUUCAUGGAUGCACCUGCACGGACAUGUUGGCUUGCUCUGAGGGAUGCUGUUCGCUCCACAACUUUCUUGUCUGCAUUUGUUGGAAUUUUUCAGAGUGUGAUAUGUAUGCAUAGGAAAGUUGCUGUGAGAGACCACAAGUCGUUGUACUGGGUAGCCGGUGGACUAUCGGCACUUUCUGUACUGUUUGAGAAAAAGUCUAGACGUGCAGAACUUGCACUGUAUGUCCUUCCUCGUGCUGGAGAUUCGUUGUGGUACAUCUUAGUCAACCGCCACCUACUUCCUAAGCUAAAGAAUGCUGAGGUAGCACUCUUUUGCGCUUGCAUGGGAGGAAUAAUGUACUACCUUGAAUACGAGCCAGACACAAUGGCUCCCUUCCUCAGGGGUCUAAUCCGGCGAUUCCUUGCGAGCAGAAUCAGCAGUCCGAGCCCUUCACCUCAUCCCCGUGCAUCGUCAUCUUAUACAUAUUUGCAGGCUCUUGAUUCGGCAGUGAAGAAGCCAAAAUCCCACGACGGCAAAGAAGUUGAAGCGUUGCCUCAUAAGUACAAUCUGGAGUCCAUUCCAGGGCUCUGAAAAGCCAGCAUUCUGGUGUUUUUUCAACCACCAGACGGUCUCUGGCGGAUAUCAGUUCAUUCUUUCUACAAUUCAUUGAGUUAAAGAAAGUAAAGAACCUUUUUGAAAUCGAAGCAGAUUCGAAUGUCUGCUUCAAUCACCCAUUUAGUGUCAUCCAGCUACUGUUUUUAAAGAUGAAUCUGUAAUCCUCAGAAGAACAGGUUUUCAUUUGAUGAAGGGAAACUCGAAAAGGCUGAAGCGCAAUAAUAGGCAGAGGCAGUAUGUAAAUAUUUUCUGCGGGGUUGAAACUUGAAUAGUGGCCAAAACUUUUAUGAACUUACCAAGGCAUUCAUCUCUGAUUUCUGAAGCGCUCUAACUUAUGGCAUUUAAAGCACUCAAUAUUUUAGGCCCUACCUUUACCUUUUGCUCUGCAAUGGGAACAAGGUUGUUCACCCGCGGGUUGAUCUGCUUUGAUCUGUAUGCAGUAUGCGGUAAGGAAAACGUACACCAUGCAGUUUUAGGUCGCUCCACAAUCAUGUUCCCGCCGAGUUGGUUUGUGAAAUGAGCAUCUUUUUCGAUUUUCUCUCUUUCAUAACUCUUAUUUUAGAAUUCUGAGUUGAAUAUCUAAAUAAUUUUUUCGAUUUUCUCUUUCAUAACUCGUUUUUUUGGAAUUUUGAGUUGAACAUCUAAAUAAUGUAGGGCUGCAAAUGAGCCGAGCUGAGCCGAGUUUUACCCAAGCUUGAGCUUGACUUGUUAACAAAUGAGAUGAGCUCGAGCCCGAGCCAUUUAUUAACGAGCCGAGUCGAGUCGAGUUCGAGCUAGGCUUUUUUACUAAAUUCUCAGAUCGUAUUUAAUACUUUCAUUUUGUAUGUUGUGUAUGGUACAUGUGAUUGAUGUAGCGAUAAAAAAAUAAUCAAAUGUUCAACAUUAAUUAAUCUUAUAUUAUAAUUUUUAGGUGUCAUAUUGUUUAGUUAAUAAAUUUUAACUAGUUCAAAUCAUGUUAUUUCAUAGUAUCGAAACAAUUUUGUACAUAGUUUCUUUAUAGAAUUAAAAAUAAGGCAUAUUUUCUUACAUGUUCAACAUGUUAAACUUCACAUGAUGUGAGAUAUAUAAUUUAACAAUCGUAUGAAUUAUGAAAGUCCAAAUUAGAUCGAUUAGUUCAUAAGUCAGUGAUCAAGUUGGCCCUCAAAACCACAAUGUUGAGACAUCUCAUGAGCUCUAAAUGAGCCAACUCACGAGUUGAGCUCAACAAGCCACCGAGUCGAGCUAGCUCGCGAGCUUCACGAGCUGAAAAAAGCUAGGCUCAAGCCUUGCUCGUCAGUAAACGAAUCGAGUUUCGAACGAGCUCUUCCCGAUUCGAGCCUCGAGUUGCUCGCAGGUAGCUUGGCUCAUUUGCAGCCCUAAAAUAAUGAAAUUAUAUUAGUGUG